GCGGAGGGGCGGAGGGCUGCGAGGCUGGGGCGUUAGCUGCGUCCCGGCUCGGAGCCCGCGAAGAGGACUAGGAGGAAGGCGCCUCCGUGGCCGCAGCCGCAGUGCUCCGAGCGCGACGAGCCAUGAGCAGCGGCCCCGCGAGCGACCCCGCUGUCGCUGGCCGCCGCUGAGCCCGGCCGGGGGACGGCUCGCCGCUCCCCAGCACCCUUUGCAGACGGCACCCUCUCGCCUAGAGAAACAUGAUUCCGGUGACAGAGUUCCGGCAGUUCUCUGAGCAGCAGCCUGCCUUCCGGGUUCUGAAGCCAUGGUGGGAUGUAUUUACCGAUUACUUGUCCGUGGCCAUGCUGAUGAUCGGUGUGUUCGGAUGCACUUUGCAGGUCAUGCAAGACAAGAUAAUCUGCCUUCCAAAAAGAGUGCAGGCUUCUCAGAACCAGUCUUCCGUUUCGAAUGUCUCUCAAGCAGUGGCCAGUACCACCCCACUGCCUCCACCGAAACCGUCUCCCACUAACCCAGUCACUGUGGAAAUGAAAGGACUGAAGACAGAUUUGGACCUUCAGCAGUACAGCUUCAUUAACCAGAUGUGCUAUGAGCGAGCCCUCCACUGGUACGCCAAGUAUUUCCCUUACCUUGUCCUCAUCCAUACCCUGGUCUUCAUGCUCUGUAGCAACUUUUGGUUCAAAUUCCCCGGUUCCAGCUCCAAAAUAGAACAUUUCAUCUCGAUCCUGGGGAAGUGUUUUGACUCUCCCUGGACCACACGGGCUUUAUCUGAAGUGUCUGGGGAGGACUCAGAAGAAAAGGACAACAGGAAGAACGUGAGCAGGUCCAACGCCACCCCGUCUGGUCCGGAAGGCGGCCUGGUCAACUCUCAGUCUUUAAAGUCAAUUCCUGAGAAGUUUGUGGUUGACAAAUCCACUGCAGGGGCUCUAGAUAAGAAGGAGGGUGAGCAAGCGAAGGCUUUAUUUGAGAAGGUGAAGAAGUUCAGGCUGCACGUAGAAGAAGGUGAUAUAUUAUACGCCAUGUAUGUUCGUCAGACUGUACUUAAGGUUAUAAAAUUCCUAAUCAUCAUUGCAUAUAAUAGCGCCCUGGUUUCCAAAGUCCAAUUUACAGUGGACUGCAAUGUUGACAUUCAGGACAUGACUGGAUAUAAGAACUUUUCCUGCAAUCACACCAUGGCACACUUGUUCUCGAAACUCUCCUUUUGCUACUUGUGCUUUGUAAGUAUCUACGGAUUGACGUGCCUUUAUACCUUAUACUGGCUGUUCUACCGUUCUCUGAGGGAGUACUCUUUUGAGUACGUCCGGCAGGAAACUGGAAUUGAUGAUAUUCCAGACGUGAAAAAUGACUUUGCUUUUAUGCUUCAUAUGAUAGAUCAGUACGACCCUCUGUAUUCCAAGAGAUUUGCAGUGUUCCUAUCUGAAGUGAGUGAAAACAAAUUAAAGCAGCUGAACUUAAACAACGAGUGGACUCCGGAUAAACUGAGGCAGAAGCUGCAGACGAAUGCCCAUAACCGCCUGGAAUUGCCUCUCAUCAUGCUCUCUGGCCUUCCAGACACUGUUUUUGAAAUCACGGAGUUGCAGUCUCUAAAACUUGAAAUCAUUAAGAAUGUCAUGAUACCAGCCACCAUCGCACAGCUAGACAAUCUCCAGGAGCUCUCUCUGCACCAGUGCUCGGUCAAAAUCCACAGCGCGGCGCUCUCCUUCCUGAAGGAGAACCUCAAGGUCUUGAGCGUCAAGUUUGAUGAUAUGAGGGAGCUGCCCCCCUGGAUGUAUGGCCUCCGGAACCUGGAGGAGCUCUACCUGGUUGGCUCUCUAAGUCACGAUAUUUCCAAAAAUAUCACCCUUGAGUCUCUGCGGGAUCUCAAAAGCCUUAAAAUUCUCUCUAUCAAAAGCAAUGUUUCCAAAAUCCCACAGGCAGUGGUUGAUGUUUCCAGCCAUCUCCAGAAGAUGUGCAUACACAACGAUGGCACCAAGCUGGUGAUGCUUAACAAUCUGAAGAAGAUGACCAACCUGACAGAGCUGGAGCUGGUCCACUGUGACCUGGAGCGCAUUCCUCACGCCGUGUUCAGCCUGCUGAGCCUCCAGGAAUUGGACCUCAAGGAAAAUAAUCUGAAAUCUAUAGAGGAGAUCAUUAGCUUCCAGCACUUGAGAAAGUUGACAGUGCUAAAACUGUGGCAUAACAGCAUCACCUACAUCCCAGAGCACAUAAAGAAACUCACCAGCCUGGAGCGCCUCUUCUUUAGUCACAAUAAAAUAGAGGUGCUGCCUUCCCACCUCUUCCUAUGCAACAAGAUCCGAUACCUGGACUUGUCCUACAAUGACAUUAGAUUUAUCCCGCCUGAGAUCGGAGUUCUACAAAGUUUACAGUAUUUUUCCAUCACUUGUAACAAAGUGGAGAGCCUUCCAGAUGAACUCUAUUUCUGUAAGAAACUCAAAACUCUGAAGAUUGGGAAAAACAGCCUAUCAGUACUUUCACCAAAAAUUGGAAAUUUACUAUUUCUCUCCUAUUUAGAUGUCAAAGGCAAUCACUUUGAAAUUCUCCCUCCCGAACUGGGCGACUGUCGGGCUCUGAAGCGAGCUGGUUUAGUUGUAGAAGAUGCUCUGUUUGAAACCCUGCCUUCUGAUGUCCGGGAGCAAAUGAAAACAGAAUAACUUAUUUUUGUUUAAAGUUUGACUGAAACAUGCUUCUACCAAAUACAGUAUAAAUAAUUAGGUAGUCUUAAUGCCUUUCCUAUUUUAUUAUUUUCUUCUUUUUCACACAAAACAAAAUGUACACAAAGACUGAGUAAGGAGUAUGUAUUUUUAAUAAAAAGUUAAUUGUAUUUUUUCAAUAUUAAUAUUUUAAAGUUUUAUUUGUCCUGGAACCUAAUGUAUCUAUUACUGUUUUCUACUGACAGAAACAGAUGGUUCCGUCUGUUUUUUUGUUUUGGUUGUUUUGUUUGUUUUGGUUUUUCAGUUCAUUCUUGUGAAGGGAAGGGAACUUUAAGUUGCAUGCUUUUGGUGUUUUUUAAAUCCAUGAAGAUAUUUUGCCAAGGUCAUUUUUAGCUUGUUUACACCUGUACAGGGUCCUUAUUUUUGUUUUCAUUGUAUGUGUACCAAGGAAUCUGUGCUAGUUAUUUUAAUUCCAGCUGCCUUCUCCAUUGGCCAAGUAUUUCAUUCUAUAGAAAACACUUCUCUGGAGUGUAAACUCACAUAAGGGCAUUGUCAUAGACUAUUAUUUGCGAAAUUUCCCCUUGCCUCCAACAGAACCCUAAAUUCUGUUCUUUCACAUACCUGACAGUUAUUUAUCCUUAGGCAAGGAUUUUGUAAGUGAGUAAAGACAAUAAUCUCCCGUGGUCAGCUUGCUUGAAUUGGUCAUUUAUAAUUUAACUGAUUUACAUUUUUACCAACAUUUAAAAAAUAUCAUUGAAAAGGAAAUACAGAGGUUCCUCCCGUUUAAUAUCAAUAUUGUAUGUAGUACUGGUGAACAACCUUAGAAAUGCUAAUUUAUUUUAAUUAAAAUAGGUAAUUAAAUUUAAAAAUCAGAAGCCUGUUUUUUAGUAACUUAAUCAUCUUUGAUAUCUUGAUAUGUGAAUACAUCCGAUGGAAGAAAAAAAAAUGUGCUACUAAAGCACUCUGCUAAAGAGCUGAUGCACUCCAGGCAGGCACGCUGGUUCCUCUGGGUAGUGUGGAAGUGGGGAUCUCUGUUCAAAUUCUGCCUGUUACACGAAAUAAUCCACGUAUAUGUACGUAUAUAAAUCUAUCUCCCUCAAGCCUGUCCUUGCUGCAAAUGCUGGUGAUGCAAGCACAGAAAGUCUGCUCUCUUUGGCUUAAAAAAAAGUAUCUCAUCUAAAAUGGUUCUGUUCCUUUUUUUUUUCUUUUUUAAGUGUGAAUAAAUUGCUAAGUAGAUAGAAAUAAUUUUUGCCUGGUGGUUAGCCAAGUUUUAUUUAUCUCUGUACUUAAACAUCCAACAUAGUAUGGGUCUUGGGCACAAGUUUUCACUGACUAUUAAGCUGUAUAGAACAGGAAAAUGAAAGCACUAUUUGUGCCCUCAAUCCAGGACCAGUGCUACCUAUCAUGGGAAUUUUGUUUUAUGCUCCAAAUUCACACUGUUUUCGGAACCCUAGUCUGACCUAAGGAAGUUUUGUGACUUAACGAAGAAAAAUAGAAAGAUGGUUUGGGGUUUCAAGAUGCUGCUUUUAAAAUCUACCCCUUGAUCCUGGUGACUUUGUUUAAUGCUACUUUGAGUCAUACAUGGAACACAGCUAUGGGAACUACUCAGCAGAUAUAUGUACCUCAACUGUGUUUUAAAUGUUAUGAUACUUCGUGGGGUAAAGGAUUUGGGGAAGAGAUGCUUUUCAUUUAUUUAAUAAUUGAAUCAUGUAGACCAAAAUGCUUUGCUGUCUCUGCUCUGUGUUUAAGUGUUACAAUGGUGAUUUUGUAUAGCUGGUUUAUUUUGCCCUGGAAUUGAAACAAAAUGUUUAAAAUAGUAACAUGGUUAUAUUUCUUGUAGGAUAAAAUAUUCAAUUCUAGAAUGUUGGUAGGAUCCUGAUUAUGAAUGAUGUGUUAUAUUUAGAAACAUAGCGCUACCUGUUUUAAACAAACAAACAAACCUGGAAGGUUGUCCAUGGCUGAGCAUGACCCUGUUGCAAGGUGAGCUUUGAUAACUACUGGUAAAACACUAGGUGCACUAUUUUUCUGGAUAAAAUUUAUAGUUGUUUUCUGUAUCCCCCUUAAAAGGGACCUAUUCAGGUUAAAAAUCAUAUUUAUGCUGAAAUCUUUAUCUGGUGUUAACGCAUAAUCUCAUAUGUGUUCAUAACUGAAGUAACUAAUAAUUAGUCUUUGUGACAAUUUGCUCAAAAUGCCAAAAGAAUUUGAUUCGCUUUCUUAAUGAUUUCACAGGCUGACCCCUAACCUAAGUUCUAAAUAACAUCCAGUAAAUCAGUAUAGUUCUAUGACUUUAUGGUUUAACUAGGAAGGAAAAUUCAUAGAUGUUUCUGUUAGAUUUUAUAAAAAUUCAAAAUGUUCAAACUUCAUCUUGAGUCUAAAUUUUCUGACCCUGACCCUUUUUAAUAUUGUAUAUUUUUGUUCACAUUCUUAAGUGAAAAGCAUUAAAUUACUCUUUAGCCUUUAACUGGGAAACUCAGGUAAAUGAACUGCUGACUUUUCUAAAGUUCUUUAAUGAAUCAACUCAGUGUUAAAAGGGGUAUUAACCCAAUCCUUUUCGUAUUUUUACAAGUGCUCUUGCUAAAAAGGAACAACUAGCUCUAUUUCUCCAACUUCUAUAAGACUCAUGAGAAACAGCUUAUGUAAAUAUAAAAGCAUCAUAUGUACUCUUAAAUCCUAUGGCUAUUGGACACCCAUAGUGAGUAUGCUUUUUGGUUAGUUUUAAUGGUUAAGUGUAGAACAGACAGUUGUCCGGAGAUGAUCUGGUUGAAACAGAGCAUCUAAGUAUAUCCCAGUGGAACUCACCUAAGAAGACCACAUCUCAGAAAACUAGUUAUAUGUUGGGUUUUCACUUUGUUUUGUUUUUAAUACAACACUUUUAAUAUAAAUGUUCUUGAUACAGUGAAACCUGUUAUUUACACUGGUAAAUUUUCUGAUUGUUCAUUCACCCACUUUCUCUGCCUUAGGUUUCCGAUGUAGCUAUUGUAAUGAGUUCUAACAAUUUCCAUGGCAUCCUGUGUGCAGGCACUGCUUUUUCAGAAAGGCUUGGGACAUGAGCCUGCUGUGAAUACUUUGGUCAUUUAGAGGUGCCUCCUUAUCUGCCUCUGAAGCCAUCUUUAUAGAGAGGGGCUUAAGCAACCUGGAAUCUUCCUUGGGUUACUUGGGAUGAGGAAAGUCCACAUUUCUGCAAUAUGCUAUCUUAUGAUUUCUGUUAUAAGAAAGAGAAGAAAAAAUCUUUACAUCUCUUGUUAUCAUUUCCCCCAAGGGUUUUGCUGUUGUUUAUGUUCCUAAUUCUAAGAAAAGUCCAUUUUUUAAGGAGUAUUUUACUCUCUAAUCUAAUUUCAUACCAAACACCUGAUCAGUAGUAAUGAUAUAUUUACUAAAACAGUGAACACUCAUGAUCCAUCUUUAUGAAAACUGUCAGCAAUAUGUAGUAGUGAAUAGAUAAGAUAAACCUCAAAACAAUUUCCAUUUGUGUUUAGAGACUAAAGUAAGAUUCAAUUUACAUUCUCCUAUAAAUCCUGAAUGUGAUAAUGCCAUUCAAGCAAUUCACAUUUUUGGUAGGAUCUCAAGAACUCAGGGUACAUAGGGUUCCAUAGCAAAACAGCACAGUUAUUAGUGAGGGGAAUGCCUCAAGGGUCGGUAAGAUUUUCUCACUUUUUUUCUUGUCUAUUCAGAUACAUUGUAAGAAAGCCUGGACAGUCUCGACCAGACGUGCCAUUGAUUUUUCAGAUUUAGGCCUCAGUGACAUGCUUCUAAUACAAUUACAUACCAUCCUUCCAAACUAGCUGUCCACUCUUACUCCAUCUUCCCAGAGCCUUUCACUGAUAAAGGUAACAUCCUUGAAUUCCUUUUGGGGUGAGGGAAGAGGGUCGCCUCCCACCCCAAGGAAUUUUUUUUAUUUAGAAGACCUUAAAAAGGGGUAUAUAACUUCGAACAACUUAAUUUCUCGGCCAUGUUAAAUAACAGUCCCUAUGUGUGGUUUCGGAUGUGGAAUAAAUUUGCUUUCUGCUGAAUACCAUUCCCUCUCCCAUACGAUUCUGCCUGUUUAAUGAACAUUUUUACUAGGGUUGAAACUCAAUGCCUUACGUGGUCACUUAGUUUUCCUUCUACUGCUUGUUUUCUCUCGCUUUAUGUGUUCAGAUUGUGUCAAAUGCUGGCAAAACCUCUAAGACUGUCAAGAAAAUGCUUGAAAGUUGAUUUGUCACAGUGUAAACUCAUGAUACAAUGUCUUAAGGUUAUUUGGCUAUGUAGUACAUAGGAACAGAAAAUAAAGUCAUUUUUGUAAUUUAAAA